CGAUAGUCUGGGAACUACCUUUAAAGAAUUACCCCAAUUAAUUGAUAAAGUGAACUAAUUCUUUCGUGCCGAAGCGAAGGUUAUUUAUAGUGUACAUCAGUGAGAUAACGUUGCUUUUUCUGUAAUGUUGCAAAGCUGACGUCAAAAAGCAUUCAUGGUUUGCCUGCCUCCUCUCCUAAACCCAAGUCCUUCUCUUCCUAACGCUGUGGAACUGGUGGUUAACAUCUUGCACACUCCUCGGACCUUGCUGCAAAGAACUGACUUCCUUUUAAAUGGACAAGCUAAACAUCUAAUGUAUUUCCUAUCCUCUUAUUUACACAAUCUCCCUCUGGUCCGGUUAUUUCAAACAUUAUCCUGUAAUGGCUGUGCACGAGCCUGGCAGGACAAAAGGAUUUCCUUGCAAAGAGUGUGGCAUGGUUUAUCCCAGUAUGCCCAGCCUGCUGGAACACAUGGACAGUCACCUCAGACAGGAGGAACAACGGAAAUUUAAAUGUGAUGAAUGUGGACGUGGUUACAGGCAUGCUGGUAGCUUGGCUAACCACAAGAAGACACAUGACGUGGGUUCAUUUCAGUGUCAAAUAUGUGGUAAGGAAAACUCUAACGCUUUGGCCCUGAAGAGUCACCUCCGCAGCCACACUUCACAGAAAAAGUACUCCUGCGUUGAAUGUGGGAAGGCGUUUCGUCUGGCUACACAGCUGGCUACGCAUGAGAGGGUUCAUCUCGCAAGGCAAGCGAAGGAGCAGUCAUUUAGGAAAGUCGACAUGGAGUAUCCCACACUUGAAAAUAGACAUGAUGUUGGAAAUGAUUACUCACAUCAUCUUAAUGAUGAAUCAGGCAAUACAGGAAUUCCUACAGAAAACAGCACCACUGAGGACAAGAUGGAGGCUGUCCACAAUGCAGAAACUGAGACCUCUGAUGGAGCAAAUCGACCUUUCAGAUGUGAUUUGUGUGACAAGUCAUAUAUACACCAUCGAAGUCUGACCAAUCAUAAAAAGACUCACCAGGUAGGAAUGUUUGAGUGCACGGUCUGUUUCAAGUUGUUCAAUAACAUGGCUGCCCUCUACAGCCACCAGAGAACUCACAAGACAAGAAGUGGGGCAGAUCUCAGUACAAUGGAUGUGGCAUACACAGGCACACCACCCAACCAGUUUUCACCUAAGAGCCUGGACACACAAGUAAAUUUCUGCCACCUCUGUCAGAUACUGUUCCCCAACGACAAGGAGUUCGAGGAACACAUCCAAAUGCAUAACUCUUCAUCUGUGUCAUUUGGUCUUCAGGAUGGCUUGCCAGAGAACCAUAAUAUGCCGUAUGAUAAUAGUAUUGCUUCUCCUGAGUCAAGUUUUUAUGCUUCUCCUGUAAAUAAUGUUCCUUCAGUGUCAUCAUCAAUGGAUAAUCAUGGAGAUUUUGAUCAGUCACAGGAGCAGAUUAAUAACGGUCACUUGUACUCAGACUGCUCCAAUAAUCAAACGCCAUCCAGCACCACUCAGGGACAGCCCUCAGUCAUGGACGUAGAUCCUCUCAAUCCUGCCCUGGCACAUACACAAAAUGCUGAUGAGGCAGCUGAAAUGGAAGAGAACUUGGCUGCAGAUUCUGAUGAGCGCCGCUUCAAGUGUCAGAUCUGUGGUAAAAGCUACCGGCACUCUGGGAGUCUAAUCAACCAUAAAAGGUCCCAUCAGGUCGGCAUUUACCAGUGUUCCAUCUGCAGGAAGAGUUACCCUCACCUGGCCGCCCUGAGGAGUCACCUUCGGCUCCACAAGGCUCAGCCUUCCUCUUUUAGCCUCAACAGUGAAGGAGACUGGCUCUCCUCAGAACCUCUGACUCUGGAAAACCAACAGGCCUGCUUCCCCUCACACGAGGAGGAGGAAGAUGAUACUGGCCUUAUGCUUGGAAUCGAUCAAGAGAAUGCACUUGACCACAGCAACGGAGUAUUGUACCAUGAGCAAUUCAAUCAGGAUUUUUCCCAGGAUAUGACUGUGCAUCUACCUCACGAUGAACACCUGAUGCAGAGGCACAUGUGUGCAGACUGUGGUGAGACAUUCGCGGACAUUGCAGGGAUCAAGUCUCAUAGUUGUCCUCUACUACAACAGCAGCAUGAAGCUACUAGCAACGGCUAUGGCAGUAAUAUAAACUUUCAGGACAGAAAUGGCCAAUGUGCCAUUGAAAAUCCAGGGGAUAAUUUAGAAUUUCAAGGUCUGAAUGGUAACCAUGACCAAAGUUACUUUGAACAAAAUUUCCAUGAAAAUUUAAAUAGUGAUCAGUUGAAUGGUGAUGGGGAAGCAGAUAAUUCUGAGGAGGAUGAUGACGGAGAUCUUUAUCAGUGCUCCGUAUGUGGGAACAGCUACACCAGCAUGAGGGCUCUUAGGAGCCAUCUCCGUGGGCACACUCAGUCCCAUGGGACCCCUGCAAGCUCAGUGCCUUCUUCCAUGUCCUCCCAUGAAGAAGUGAAAGAUGAUGAACCAGGAGAGAUGAUGAUUUGCAGUACAUGUGGGGAAAGUUUUGCCAGGAGGCAGGACUUAAUUACUCAUCAGCUUCUACACAGCAAGACCCAGGCAGAAGAUGUCAGCCACUUACACAAUAACAAUCUAGAUGUGUCUGAAGGCAAGCAAGAGGAGCACAGCAUCAUCUGUGGCAGCUGUGGCAUCUUCUGCGCCAGCUACCAUCAUCUUGAAAAUCAUGGCUGUACAGCUGAGAGGAGAAAUGAGUCAACAAAUGGUGAAGAGAAAAUUAAAGUAAAUGAUGUUGCCGAUUGUGAAGAAGUGAAACGCAUCAAAGAAAAUGUUGAUAAUGAAGAUCGUCAGUACAAGUGUGAUCAGUGUGGGCGGUCAUAUAGACACGCUGGCUCCCUUCUUAACCACAAAAAGUCCCAUAAAACCGGAGUAUUCCGUUGCCUUGUUUGCCAGAAACGCUUCUAUAAUCUCUUAGCCCUUAAAAACCACCAGAGGUCCCACUUUGAUAUUAAGAGGCACACUUGCCACGAGUGUGGGAAAGCCUUCAAAAUUCAGAAGCAGCUACUGAACCACUUGAGGAGGCACAAGGAGAACCAAGCCAAAAUCCAGGAACUCAACAACCAGAUUCAGGCCCUCAUGCAGAUGAAUGGGACCAGGUCAGAUGGAGGAAUGCACACCCUAAAUGCAAAUGCCAGUCAGGCUUUCACCCCCAUCCCACGGCGCAGACAACCUUCUGAAGAAAAAAAGGGUCAGAUAAAGCCUGAGACGUUAGUCAAAUCAGAGGACACAGGUGACUCCCGUCCUUUCGCCUGUGACCAGUGUGGGCGCACGUAUCGCCAUGCAGGAAGUCUGGUCAACCACAGAAACUCCCAUAAGACUGGUGAAUAUUACUGCUCUGUGUGUAACAACACUUACUCUAACCAACUAGCAAUGAAGAACCACUUGCGCACUCACUUUGCAUAUAAGAAGCACUCUUGCCAAAACUGUGGGAAAGGCUUCAGAGGAAAGAAACAGCUAUUAGCUCAUGUGUGCGCAGACAUCAGAAAGGAUGGAACAGGAGGCAAGAAGGGCCUAAAGACUAGAGCUUUUAAGUGCAAGGAAUGUAAGCAGGCAUUUCUGUCUGUUGACCAGCUGGCAGCCCACACUUGUGAUGGACCAUCAGGCAAUAGUGACGAACAAACUGAUACAUCUCUGAAUAAGGAGGAACGACCUUUCACAUGCAACAUUUGCAAUCGCAGCUACCGCCACGCAGGCAGCCUCCUGAACCACAAAAACACCCACAAGACAGGACACUUCAGUUGCACAUUUUGCUCGAAGCCCUUCACCAAUCCGAUGGCUUUACGCAAUCAUACACGUAUCCAUACCCAGAAGAAAAAAUAUGUAUGUCUCACGUGUGGAAAGGCUUUCCGCCUUGCCAGCAUCCUGCAUAACCAUCAGAAGGUCCACAACCGGGUGGCGAGCCACUUCAGCUGCCCUGCAUGUGGAAAGAGCUUCCAGGGCAGGUCUGGCCUGAAGAGGCACCGCUGCCGGAGGGGCCAGGACAUCGCAGCACGAGUCAGUGUCCAGCAUUCAGAGAGUGGAGACAAGUGCUUCAUGUGUGACCUGUGUGGGCGCUCCUACCGCCACGCUGGCUCCCUCCUCAACCAUAAAAAGACACACUCCGAAAAUCUCCACCACUGUACCUUGUGUCUUCAGACAUUCCCCGACCCUCUCACUCUACAGAUACACUCCCAGAUGAAGCGACACUGCUGUCCCGAAUGUGGCAAGACCUUCUGUCUGAUUGCGCACCUACAGAGCCACAUGGAGGUGCACUCCAAGGACAGGUCCGUUGUCUGCAGCCCCUGCCAGCAGAGCUUUCCCAACACAGCCAGCUACCAGCAGCACCAAGACAUGCACCACGGGGCUCAGGGCCACUAUCAACAAGGCAUGGCUGAACCCAUGGAUAACAACCUCUGCUGGGAUUCUGACAUAAAUCAGACCAUGGGAAUGCCCAAGGUGGUCCCGCCUUUGUCCCAUAUGCCAAGUAGCAUUUCUGACCCGCAGGAGAGUAACGACACCUCUGGCACGGAAGAGAAGAGCCAUGUCUGCGAGCACUGUGGCCGCACUUACCGCCACGCCGGCUCUCUCCUCAACCACAAGAACAGUCACAAGACCGGCUCCUUCUUCUGCUCCGUCUGCCAGAAAGAGUUCACCAACCUGAUGGCGCUCAAGAAUCACCGGCGCAUUCACACAGAGCCCAAGCGCUACCAAUGCCUGGAAUGUGGCAAGGCCUUCCGUGUGUCCACUCAGCUCAUAUGUCACCGAAGAAUCCACACCAAAGAGAAGCCCUUUGCCUGCCUGCUGUGCGAUAAGAGCUUUUCCAGCAAGUCCAACCUGCGGCACCAUCAGAAGAUGCACCAGAACACCCAGGCCUAUGACUCCUCCUUUAGCAUGGAUGCUAAUACUUUUAUGGACCUGGACAUGGGGUCUUUUCUUUGAGGUAGGAUUCUGUAGUAUCAGAGAACAGGUGGUCCUCUUAUUUAUCUCUCUAUCAAUAAUUGUAAAACAGUAUUUUUUUUUCAGAAAGUGCCCCAAGGUCCUGACAAAAAAACUCCUUUGAAGACACGCACAUUUCAUUACUGACUUCCAGUCUUACCUCUGCAACGGAUGGCGUUUUCAAUGAAAAAGUCUUCAGAGAGUUUAUUGGUCAGACCGUUUUUUUGUAAGGUCUGAAUGUUUUCCAUGGAGUACACAAGAUCCAAGAAUACAGAAGUGUGUGACGGGGCGGCUGCUCAGAACAUUUCAUAGUCCAGUUCCCCCUCAUUCCUCUUCAACAAACCAACCAUCCAAAGCGAACAGAAAACUACAACCCAGGUCCAUGUGAGAACAUGAUCAACACGUUGAUGACUUUUUUAUGAGACGGUACUGUUCUGAUAAUGGUGAUAUUUCCUCUCUUGCUAUGUAUACUUGUGUUCAGUGCCUCCGUAAGUUCCUUACAAAAGAAAAUAUACAGACUAUAUUUAUCUCUGAAUCCUUUUGUCAGCUUUGCAAUAGGUGUCAAAGGAUUGGUCACUGUUCUUUGAGAUUUCACAUAGGGCAAGCCUGCUAUUAUUCAGUCAAAUACCUCUGGGUGUGUCCAAAGGUCAGUGGCAAAGUGAUUUACUGAAAUCAUGUAAUCAAGUAAAUGGUUGUACUGCUAAUAAUAUUCAAGUUCACGUUUGAGUGGCAUUGUAUGCUAAAAAUGGAUGUAUUUAAUAAUUUAUUCCUGUUUUAUCGAUUUUAUUUUCUGUGCAUAUUUUAAUAGAAAAACUUUUUAUGAAUGUUGUAAAAAAUUUUACGUCUUCUAAGACUCAUGUAGCCUAUAAGGAACUUCAUCAAUCGAUUUGUAAUUGCGCAGUUCUCAGUUACAACAGGUAAGAAUGAAUUAGCCAAGGACGGUGUUAUUGGCAGCACUCAGGGUACACCUUCAAAAGGAACAUACCUGACGUGUAAACAUUGUAGAUAAUCAGUUUCUGAACUGAGCAUGAUAUUUUUCACCUGUGCCAUUUCUACACCCUUAUAUUUUUUGCUCAUGUAAUAGUUAUUUGUCCAUCCAUGUCUGUAUUGUUGAUGCAUUUUGUUAACUCCACAUGCAUUGCAUGCUCUUGAACUGUAAUGCCCCUUGAAACCUUCAAGAAGCAUCAUUAUGUCUAAGUGCCAGUGCCUGAAAUGUAAGUCGAUUGUAGCAAUUAACUGUUUCAUGUGAACAAACCUCUCACUGUAAUUGGUAUACUGUAGAACGCAGCGUUUAUUUUCUUAUUCAGGAAUCUAAUUUACAAAUCGUGCUUAUUUUGGGAUAUUCUUAUUCUUAUGACUUGUUAAUCUCUUCGGCCACGACUAGUUUGAGUUAGUUUUAUGCAGUCAAAGCAUUGCAACAGUGAAGAGAAAGUGGUUUCUUUUCAUUUAUUUUUCCAUGAAUGUUUUCCCCUCAGAAGCUGUAUAUGAGGCAAACAAAAUAUAAUGACUGAGUAUUGUUUGUCUGUUUAUGAAAACAUCAGUGGUUAAUAACCCUAAUUUCAAGUAAGCACAAGUAUUAAUCAAACUGAGCUUUAUGGGUUUAAAGAAAGAACCAGCUUCAUCUUCACUGUCUAAGUACAUAAACCACUCACUGUUUUGAUUCAUGUGCAAUUUUUGUUUUCUUUGCAUUAAUUUUUUUUUUAAAGCGAGCUGUCUGUGGUGCCUGUUGUAACUUAAGCCUUUUUCUGUUUUUAUUUUGAUUUGUUUUGUUUUAACAUUUGACAAAUCAGACAUUUCCGAAGACUGAACGGAGUGUAGAAGACACGGCCUUCUGUGUCAUUUGAACAGUAUGAAAUUUGAUUUUCUUUAUGCCUUAUAUGUUACACUCUUAUAUAAAUACGUGUGGCACUGGU